GAGGCAGUGACAGGACAGCGGACAGCACAGCGGCGGCCAACAAAAGUAAACAGUCAUCGUGGAGCCGUCAGUCUUGCUGAGCUAUUCACACUAAUUUCUCAGUUCACCAUGGCCCUGGAAUCCCUACACGGUGUGGAGAGGUACCAGCACAAGUGGAAUGAGGUGCAGGAGGAAGCAGCGCUUCCUGAAAUAGGCAACUUCACCAACCAGUACCAGCUAAUGAUGCCGCCGCUGCCUAAGGCGGAGUGUCAGGUGGGAGAGUAUCUGGUCGACGAGACAGGACGCAAGAUGAAGCUGAACUACGCCCAUGGCACCACCACACUUGGCUUCAAGUUCAAGGGAGGAGCAGUGCUGGCCGUGGACUCUCGGGCCACCUCUGGGCAGUACAUCGGCUCUGGUAAUGUAAGAAAGAUCAUUGAGAUCAGCCCAUAUCUUCUGGGCACCAUGGCGGGAGGAGCGGCUGACUGCACGUACUGGAACAGAGUUCUGGCCAAACAGUGCCGCAUCUAUGAACUGAGGAACCGUGAGAGAAUUUCUGUGGCUGCAGCAUCCAAGCUACUGGCCAACAUGGUAUACCAGUACAAGGGUUAUGGCCUAUCCAUGGGUGUCAUGGUGGCUGGCUGGGACAAAAAGGGUGCCGGGCUGUAUUAUGUUGACAGUGACGGCAACCGCAUGCCUGGCAAUGUUUUUAGUGUGGGCUCAGGUUCCCUCUACGCCUAUGGUGUCCUGGACUCUGGCUACCGUUGGGACAUGACAGAUGAGGAGGCGUAUGAGCUUGGCCGCCGCGCCAUCUAUCACGCCACUCACAGAGAUGCUUACUCUGGCGGCAUUGUACGCGUUUACCACAUCAAGGAGGGUGGCUGGGUGCGCAUCUCAGAGCAGGAUAGCAAGGACCUCCACUAUGCUUAUGCAGAAGGGAAGACCACCACCCAGUAACACAUUACUUAGGAGUAAAUCAGUAGGUCCUUGUUUGUGCAUCUUGUUACCUGAGAGACUGGAUCACUUUGUAGCCAUCUUACCAUUAAAUGUGAUAAUACACACACAACAAAAUUCUCAGUGCAGGAUUGUUUAACUACUAUGUCUUUUUGAAGUAAAUAUGUAUCUUAU